AAUGAUGAUGAGAUAUGGGAAGCUACCUCAAAGACUUUGUAUGGAAAAGCCAUUUCCAUAGAAACUGCUACUCUCAGUGAAUAUGCUAGAUAUGUACUAAGAAGCAUUUGUCAGCAGGAAUGGGUGGGGGAACACUGCUUGAAAGAACCUGAGAGGCUAUGUACUGACAAAGAUCUUAUCCUGGAUCCAGUUCUCUCCAACAAACAAGCACAGAAAUUGUUGCAGCUUAUCUGUUACCCUCACAGUAUUAAAGAAUGUGCGGAAGGAGACAAUCCUCAGAGACAACACAUCAAGCGCAUUCUUCAGAAUAUAGACCAGUGGACUCUUAGACAGUCAUGGCUGGAACUUCAACUAAUGAUCAAACAGUGUCUGAAGGAACCUGGUUCUGGGUCUGUGGCUGAAAUGAACAGCUUGUUGGAUAAUAUUGCAAAGGCGACAAUUGAAGUGUUUCAGCAAUCCGCUGAUCUAAACAAUAACUCUUCUAACUCUGGUAUAGGCCUCUUCAAUCCAAACUCUCUUGGAAAUGCUGACACACAUAUUACAAGGCAGAACUGUAAAAAGACAUUCCUAAGCUCUUCUGAAAGACAAGGUGUCUGGUUAGUGGCUCCCCUGAUUGCAAAGCUGCCAACGUCUGUUCAAGGUCGAGUCUUGAAAGCAGCUGGAGAAGAACUAGAGAAAGGCCAGCACUUGGGAUCAUGUUCUAAGAAGGAGAGAGACAGGCAAAAACAGAAGAG